AUGAAAAUGAUGAGACAUAACAGUAAUUCCAAGUCCUUUGUCUCAGUUACUUUCUCUCAGUUUGACGACGAGUUCAGAUAUCAGCAGGCACAAUUUAAAGGGAACAUUGGACAUAGGUACAAUUUUGUCCAGAGUGAAACCUUGAGGACUACACUGCAAGAGAUGGAGCCUCUAAAGAUAUCCACUGUCCCUCUCUGGGAACAAAGCACAGAGAAGAGCAAUGGAUCGGCAUUCAGGAAUGAAUCCCAUAACGGGACGCACGGAGAGCCAUUCAUGUCUAGCGUUCACACCAUUGUGCUUCCUGUAAUUUAUUUCAUUGUUUGUGUAGUAGGUCUCAGUGGGAAUACUCUAGUUAUCUAUGUUGUUGUAUGCUAUGCCAAAAUGAAGACAGUGACCAAUAUCUAUAUCCUGAACCUAGCUGUGGCUGAUGAACUCUUUAUGCUUGGACUGCCCUUUAUUGCUGCUCAAAAUGCCUUGAGCUAUUGGCCAUUUGGAUCCUUCAUGUGCAGGCUGGUCCUGACUGUCGAUGGCAUCAACCAGUUCACCAGCAUCUUCUGCCUGACCGUAAUGAGCAUUGAUCGCUACCUUGCGGUGGUGCAUCCUAUCAGAUCCACCAAAUGGCGUUGUCCUCGGAUUGCCAAGAUGAUCAAUGCCUCUGUGUGGAUAUCAUCCAUUGUGGUUGUUCUUCCGGUUAUCAUAUACUCUGAGGUCCAAACUGAUAUUAACACUUGCAACAUUAACUGGCCAGAGCCCAAGUCAGUUUGGGGUGCAGCCUUUAUCAUAUACACAGCAGUUCUGGGCUUCUUUGGCCCACUGUUAAUAAUAUGCCUCUGUUACCUGCUGAUUAUAAUCAAAGUUAAGUCUUCUGGUUUACGUGUUGGAUCAACCAAACGAAGAAAGUCUGAGAGAAAGGUUACCAGAAUGGUGAUUGUCAUUGUAGUUGUAUUUGUGAUUUGCUGGCUCCCAUUUUACAUCCUGAAUAUUGUUAAUCAAAUUUCCACCUUGCCAGAGGAACCUGUUUCUGUGGGAAUAUAUUUCUUUGUGGUGGUCCUCUCCUAUGCCAACAGUUGCGCCAAUCCUGUACUCUAUGGGUUUCUGUCCGACAACUUCAAGAAGAGUUUCCAGAAAGUUCUGUGCUCAUGCAAGUCCAAUGGCAUCGAAGAUACAACUGAACAGAAGCAAGAGAAGAGUCGAUUUCCAGAUACGUGUAUGACACAGAGAUUGGCUGAACCAAAUGGCUGCAUGCAAACGAGUCAGAUUUAA